CAAAAAAAAUGAGUAAGUUCAAAUUUUCGUCAAAAAGUGUUGAAAUUUACCAAAUUUUCUCUGGUCAAGUGUUUUACGCAGUUUAUAAAAAUGCAGAUUUCUUACGUCACAGCGAAAAUAUAGAUGCUAUAUUGGUUAAAGGCUUCGAAUUGCGUGCAUCGUUAAAAGAUAUCGCACCAGGCGAAGUAGUUAAAAUCGAUGGAAUGCUUCUUGAUAAAAACAAACCACUAUUAAUAAGAAGGACUGGACCUAAGGUGAUCAUUGAAAAUGAUGAAUUCACAUUGAACAGACUCAGUGGGUUGGUGGCAGCCUAUGCAUUUGAUAACCGAUCAAAUUUCCCAGCCCUAGCAUCUAGUGAAGCAAUCGCUUUAGGGCUUACAUGGUACAAUAGAAAUAAAAUAAAAUGUUGCCUAUUCUUAUCAUCUGUGUCUGGGUCCGAGCAUUUCUAUGAGCAGUUUGGUUAUUACCCACUGUUAUGUGCUUUGAGAAAACUCCUGUUAAAGAAAAUAACUUUGGAGCCAGUUGUUAAAAUGGCAAAAAUAAAGAAUCCCCAGGGAGUACAAAUGGCUAAAGAAUUUAUGGAUAAUCUUUCUGCUGUGAAAAAGCUUUGGCUUUAUUUUCCCGGUACUACAGUUCAGGAUUUAAAUCAUUUCCUUGAAACAGCACCAGCAAUUUUAAAACAAAUAUUCGCAGUGAAUUGAAAUUCUUGAAU